AUGUAUAAGAAUAUAACAACUAUAAAAGAAUUCCAGCUGUUGGGAUUUAAAAGUCCUUACAAUUUGAAAAUCUUAAUUUUCCUCCUGUUUCUCAUAAUUUAUAUUUUGACUUUAGCAGGCAAUCUAGUGAUUAUUGUCUUGGUCUCAAUAGGAAAAAUAAUUAAUUCACCAAUGUACUUUUUCCUGAGCCACUUGUCCUUAUCAGACAUACUUCUCACUACUAAUGCAGUUCCAAAUAUGUUACGGGUAUUACUGGAAGAAGGGAGUUCAAUGUCAGUUACUGGGUGUCUUACCCAAUUUUACCUGCUAUGUGCCUCAACCAUUGGAGAGUGUUUCCUGCUCAUGGCGAUGUCUUAUGAUCGCUAUUUGGCUAUCUGCCACCCAUUACAUUACACUUCUAUUAUAGAUGAGAAGCUUUGCCUCCGUCUUGCACUCUUGUCAUGGAUGUUAGGUUUGAUGUUGCCAUUAAUUGCUGUCAUUCCAGUAUUUCAGUUAAAUUUUUGUGGUUCUAAUGUUAUUGACCAUUUUUACUGUGAUUUUGCCCCUCUUAUGGAGCUUUCUUGCUCAGACACUUCCCUUGUCGAAAGGGAAGUCUUCAUAUGCUCUGUUCCAACAAUUGUUUUCCCAUUUAUCUUUAUCGUUGUGACUUAUGGUUACAUCUGGCAUACAAUCAUCAAGAUACCUUCUACCAGUGCCAGAAAAAAAGCCUUCUCCACAUGCAGCUCUCAUCUUGCAGUCGUCUCUGCAUAUUAUGGAACCCUGAUCACUAAAUACAUGGUUCCCUUCAGAGGUCAUUCAGUUACUUUAAAUAAAUGUGUAUCUCUCCUCUAUACCGUAUUUACCCCAUUGUUCAACCCCAUUAUCUAUAGUCUACGUAAUAAAGAUAUUAAGGUAGCCCUUAAAAAAAUAUUCAUGUCAAACAGUGCUGUAGAAGAUAUUUUAAAUACAAAAAAAUGUUCAAUUGUUCAAAGUAAAUGUGGAUUUUAA